CCGUUUUCUGAAAUAGUUAAACAAUUGCAGGCUGAUGACAGUUUGAGAUGAGAAGAGGACGUUCAUGAUUCUAAAAAGUAUUCUGUUGGAAACUCCCUAACCAGCCCUUCUCUUGACUGUGAUUGGCCUUAAAAGUGAGAAAAUACUUGAGCUCCAGAUUAGUACUAUUCUGGUAAUUCUAAAAGGAAAAAGGAGAAAAUAACAGGUCAACACCAUAACCAUGCAAAGAUCUACAACUUCUGACACUUCCUCUGAAAAACUGAAUCCUUCCCAUCAAAGUGCAGGAGCUGUUCAAAUGAGGAUCAAAAAUGCCAACAGCCACCAUGACAGGCUUAGCCAAAGCAAAUCCAUGAUCCUUUCUGAGAAUGUAAAAGUCACUGAACCUAUAUCCCGUCAUAGAAGGAAUCACUCUCAGCAUAAUUUAAUACUCACAGACAUCAUUAGUUCCCAGGAACAAACGGUAGUGGAAAAAGAAGGAUAUCUUCUAAAAGCUAAAAUUGCAGAUGGUGGCAAAAAAUUAAGGAAAAACUGGUCUACUUCUUGGAUUGUUCUGACUGCUCAGAAAAUAGAAUUCUACAAGGAAUCGAAACAGCCAGCAUUGGUCAGUCUGAAACCUGGCUAUAAACCCGAAUGUGUGGAUUUGUGUGGAGCUUGCAUUGAAUGGACCACAGAGAAAUCUAGCAGGAAGAAUGUGUUUCAGAUCACAACAGUAUCAGGAAAUGAGUUCCUUCUUCAGUCGGAUAUUGACUUCAUCAUAUUGGAUUGGUUCCACGCUAUCAAAAAUGCAAUUGACAGAUUGCCAAAAGAGCAGCGUUGUACAUCAAGAAACCUGGAGCUGAAACUUAGAAGAUCAUCUAGCAGUGAAUUACUGAGCACCUUUGAUACUGAGAGCAAAGAACCAAAAACUGAACACAGAAAAUCUUUAAUUUUUAGACUGAACUACAGUACAUCUGAUACAACUGAUAGAAACCGAGUGAAAAGCAGAUUAAAGAAAUUCAUCUCCCGAAGACCUUCAUUGAAAACUUUGCAAGAAAAGGGACUUAUCAAAGAUCAAGUUUUUGGCUCAUCGUUGGAGUUAGUGUGUGCACAUGAGAAUUCCACAGUCCCCCGAUUUGUAAGACUUUGUAUAGGAGCUGUUGAAAAAAGAGGUCUGGAUGUUGAUGGAAUAUACAGAGUCAGCGGCAAUCUGGCAACAAUACAGAAGUUACGAUUUGUUGUCAAUCAGGAAGAGAAGCUGAAUUUGGACGACAGCCAGUGGGAGGACAUCCACGUUGUCACCGGAGCACUCAAGAUGUUUUUCAGAGAGCUGCCUGAGCCGCUGUUCCCAUACAGCUUCUUUGAACAGUUUGUGGAGGCGAUAAAAAACCAAAACAACACCAUUCGUGUUAAAUCCAUAACGGGUCUUGUAAAGAAACUCCCUAAACCAAACCAUGACACAAUGAAGAUCCUCUUUGAACAUCUGAACAAGAUAGCAGCCAAGGAAUCCGUGAAUCUUAUGUCAACACAAAGCUUAGGAAUUGUAUUUGGACCAACACUCCUUAGACCUGAAAAGGAGACAGGGAACAUGGCAGUCCACAUGCUGUACCAAAACCAGAUAGUUGAACUUAUGUUAAGUGAGUACAGUAAGAUCUUCAGCUCUGAAGAAGACUGACAGACAGGGCCUGUUAUUGAAAAUGUUCACAUCUGUCUUGAUGUCUAAUAUUUUUACAUUUCUGUAAACAUAUUUCUGAAAUAUUUCUUUUUCUUUCAAGUGACAGAUGCCUCAUUUUGUGAAAACUUAAUGAUGAUUUUGUGUUUAAUUUUCAAACAUUGGAAUAAAAAAUAUUGUCAACAUUUGCCUAUAUGUAUUCUACAUUAACCCUUUGUGAGUUUCAUGUUGCCAGCACUCCAUGUGUCAUUUUGUGUCCCAUUCUUUUCAAUCUGGGUGUAGAGCAUAUGGCCAAAGACCACAGGAAAUGCUGCUUACCAGCAUAUGCAAUGGCUGGUAAGACAUGCAGCAAUGGAGGAUAGUGGAUUUUAUAAUGUAUGAAACAUAGUUAAAUUGGGACAGACAUGUCUCCUCAUUUGUAGCCCUUUUUUUUUUUUGCUGUGAAUAUUAUAUACCUGUUUUCCUUGAUAUACAGUGAAAGUUAGAAAGACAUGUUGUAUGAUAUCUUUCUCCUGGGAAAAAUGUCAGUUAAAAUAGUUUCCAAUGAACAUUUUUUUAAACAAAGAAGAAGAGCCCUACUAUUUGUAAUAUUAUAAACGUUCUGUCUAAAAAAUUAUAGACAAAAUUAAAUGCUGGGCAUUUUGUUCUUAAAUACUGUACAUGAUGUGUAGAAAUUGUGUGACUUCAUUUUUAACGUAACAUCCAUUUUGAUUCUU